AUGGAGAAUGGCGGGGUGGAUUUGAGCAAUAGGCCACCUGACUCCUUCGCCCGCGAAUCUUUAUGCUUUUCCGGUCCUGAACCUGGUCUUGUCAUCCACAAUGGUGACCCGAAGCAUCAUGAGCAGCAGCAGGAGCUGUUCGCUCACGACGAAAGCCGCGCCAUCGAGAAUCUGAUCAAGUUAAAGGCCCGAUUACGAAACUUGGCCGGUUCGGACUUCUGGGAGCAGAUGACGGAAGGACUGGCCAAGAUGAUGGGUGCCCAGUAUGCCUUUGUUUCCAAGCGUAUCGUGACCGACGACGAGAACGCUGCUGUUGAGAUGCCUCCCAUUGGCAUGCCUGGAUCUUGCCUGAUGGGUCUCGCAAUCUACAUUUCAGACGGUCUGGCAAUGGAGAAUCGCAUGACAAACUUCAAAUACCACGCCUACUCAUGCCCCUGUGCAUACAUGCGUCACGACAAGGUCUUUGUCAUUGCAAAACACCUCGAGGAAUUCGUUGUCGGCAACCCAAAUGUGCUCCCUCUUCCCGCAGAAUCCUAUAUUGGUAUCCCACUCUUCGCCCAUGGAAAAUGUAUAGGCCAUUUUGGGGUCAUGUGGGGCCCCAAGGAGUCUCACAAGAGAGGCCUCGGUUGGGCUCAUAUGGAAUUGCUGUUGCAUUCUGUCGAAGACAUGAUUCUGAACCGGAUGCUGGAGAAAAGAGACUUUAGCGAAAAUGUCGUCGAUGCCAUGAAAUGCGGCCAUUCCAAGGUAAUACCUCAUGAUGCAAUCGCUACAGCCACUCAAUCACUCAAACCGUACGCUCGAAGCCUAUCGCAUGAAUUGAGAACACCGAUGCAAGGCGUGGUGGGAAUGCUUGAUGUCAUGUACGCCACCGUACAAGAUGCCGUUCAAGAACACCGGGACCUCCGUGUGCGCAAGGUCUUUACUGACCUGAAGAAGAACAUUGAAGACAUUCAAGAUUCAUCACGCCGUGCAGUGGAAGCUGCAGACAAUGUAGUGCACGCCUAUGACAUGAAUAUGGGCGUCCCUGAGACUCCCGCCACUCCAUUCGACGACGACGAGCCACGAUCAGCCGUUUUGAAUCUGCCAGAGAAGAGGCCAGAUAUAGUUGUUGCCGGUAACAAUAUGCAUCUCAAUCUCAAAUCAAACAAACGAAAGCGGGAACCGACGUCCUGGGACUUUGGACCUGCUCCAAAAGUUCGUGUCCCAGUCUCUCCUCAAAGCUCACGUGGUCGAAACAGCUUCGACACCCAAUAUGCAGCCAGUCUGGCCGAGGAUGUCAGUGCAUCCAGACAAUCGCAUCACGACGACGCCGAAGCUUAUACCAGUCCGAAGAGUGAGCCAAGGUCGCCUGUCUUCGCCACGGAACGCAACAUCGUUCCUGGACUCCGACACACCAAUCUUCCCGAUGUGCUUCAAUACAUCAUCAAUGACUCUCUCAAAAUAGGUGGCAGACCUGAAUCUGCCAUCGCAAAAGAAACGGAGAAUGGUGAGAUCAUCGAGGUUCACACGAGGUCACCAGCUGGCGAAGACAAAGUCAAGAUCAUCGAAUGGUCGGUAGCCAACAAUGUCCCAGAUUCCAUGUUGAUUGAUGAGCGAGAGCUGGGCAAGAUGAUAUCUUGUGUUGUUCUCAAUGCCAUCAAGUUCACCGAAGAGGGCAAAAUCACCAUCACGGCCCGUCUCAGUCAUCGCAAUCGAUACAUCAUCAUCAACGUAAAGGACAGUGGCCCAGGCAUACCGACCGCUUUCCACCCAAACCUCUUCAAGGCUUUCUCACGAGAGGACGACUCUCUAACACGACAGAGCGAGGGUCUCGGUCUCGGUCUUCUGGUGGCCAAAGGUCUCGCCCGUAAACUUGGCGGUGACAUCCGCUGUGUACACACAGAGACAUACGGGCCUGACAAGGGAUCCGACUUCGAGAUGCGCGUGCCCUUGACGCCGAGUGACGUGUGCAGUAGGCCAUGCUCACCGUCAGGCUCUAUGAGCCCUGCCACCCGGUCUCGCACUCGCACUCCAGGAGAUUCAGAUGAGCGUCUGCAGACACCUGCCUUACCACCUACUACGACCAAAGUCCUCACGGACUUGAUACACGAAAGCCGCAACGACUCACACCAUCCGAACCCUUCUCAGACCUCCACAUCAUCUCCGUCUCUACUCCGAUCUCCCCGAAUUCCUGCUUCUCCAUCCCGCCGGCCAAGCGCACCUCAGAUGUCCCGAAGACUCUCCACCAAAAGCACCUCGGGAGGUAGUCUCGCCAAGCGCCACCCGUUGAACUUUCUCGUUGCCGAAGACAACAAAAUAAAUCGCAGCAUUCUUGUCAGCAUGCUUAAAAAGCUUGGCUACUCGUCAAUUAAAGAAGCAUACGACGGUGCUGACGCUGUUCGAAAAAUGACCGAAGAUACUCAAAAUGGCCGUCAUGUAGAUGUCAUCCUGAUGGAUCUUUGGAUGCCGUUCAUGGAUGGAUAUGAAGCCACCGAACGCAUCCUCGAGAUGGGCAAUGGUCCGAAAGACCCCAAACCUCCCACGAUUCUCGCUGUUACAGCCGACGUUACGGACGGAGCUCUGGAACGCGCUGCUAGGGCGGGCAUGAAAGGCUUCAUGACGAAGCCCUACAAACUUACUGAUCUUGAAAGACUUAUCGUUGAGUACUGCGCACAGCAAACCAACACCGAUACCACAUGA